AUGUCAGAUGGCUGCUCGUGGCUUCACUUUCAUGACGGCCCGUAAACGAAGGAGUGUUUUGUUUAGUCCGGACAAGUUACGAUGGUACAUCAUGCUGUGGACCAUCAUGAAAAUGUGUGUCGCCUGCCAGUCACUGCUCAGAGACAUUUGAAAGCAGAUGACUCAGAGGUUCUACUGUUCUCGGACCAUGAUUGAAAAGCCAUGAACCAGAUCGUCUUUCAACAUGAUAGCGUGCUAUCAGAUGUCCACAUGUUCCUACCCAAUGCCCGCCACCUAAUGACACGCCUUAACAAUGUGGGACAGCCAGUUUUCAUCUCCAAAUUCAAGUUUUUGUCCAAUGCGGAAAAGCAGGAGAGGAACGAUGAGGCCACAAGGGAAAACGGUGACAGCAAAACACAUCUUCUACGUGCGAAAGAUGACGAGGAGGGGAGUGACAGAAACGAAGAACCAGCUUUGGAUGAGGACGGAGAUCUCGACGUCGUACAUCGACCGAGGAAUAAUCCCACAGAGGAGCGCAGCAGGGAAGUCGUCUGCCCCGUCAUUCUCAAACAAUCACAGAAUGCCACACUACAAGACGAAGAAAAUACAGACGAUGGAGCGGAUGAUUGCUUUGAUGAUCACAUUCGGAUCGAACAUACUAUGUCAACACCCUUGGAAGAUGUUGGCAAACAGGUUUGGAGAGGAGCGUUAGUCUUGGCUGACUUCAUCCUCUCAAAUCCACUCAUGUUCAAAGGGGCAACAGUUGUGGAACUAGGAGCUGGUUCCGGUUUAACCAGCAUCAUCAUGGCUACUUUAGCCAAACGAGUGUACUGCACAGAUGUCGGAGAGGACCUUCUAGGCAUGUGCCAGAGGAAUAUAACUUUAAAUGAACACAUGAUUGAGCGUGCCGGUGGUGAUGUGAAAGUAAGACUGUUGGAUUGGCUCCGUUCUGACCUUUGUACAGAUCCUGAUGUGGAGUUUAGCUGGACAGAGGAGGAGAUUGCUGAUAUACACGACAAUGCCAGCGCCAUUCUUGCUGCUGAUGUUUGCUAUGAUGAUGAGCUGACAGAUGGCUUCUUUCGAACCCUCUACCGACUGUGCAGUAACUUUGCUCAUGCCUGCAACAUCUUUAUUUCCAUUGAAAAAAGGUUCAACUUCACCCUGCGACAAAUGGAUGUAUCCUGUGACGCCUACAAUCAUUUUCAACAUUGCCUGUCCCAGCUUGAGGACCUGGAGGAUGGACAGCGCAGCUACACAGUAGAACAGCUCCCUUGUACAUUCCCACAGUUUCUUCAGUACGAACGCAUUGAUCAUCUGGAGAUAUGGAAGGUGACUGCUAAGAGAGUUCCGUUUGACCAAGCCCAGUCCAAUUCUGAGCAGGCUACAUCUUGACAUGCUGUUUUCAUCACCACCAUCAACCUAUUUCCUGCCAAUAACUUCUCAAAUCUUCACGUUUCAGUUUCCUGUUGGGUAUGUGUCUCUGAAAAGUGAUUACAAUAAUUAUAAUACGGGUGUAGUUUGAGGGUUUGUAGUUCUGAACCAAUUUUGCUCACAUUCAAGUGCGCAAUUCAAGCAUUGGAGUAAAAGAAAUGAUUUUUUUUUAUUGUUUUAUAUUUAUGGAUUAGAAGUGUUCUUCAACAUAUAGUUAUUAGGGGUUUUCACACGCAACAUUUGUCCGGCUGCCCCAGUAGAACGUUCACACGUGCAAAGUUAUUCCGAUGUCGCCCCUGAAAACCGCUUAAACCGGAGCAUAUUUAACCACGCACGCUCAAGGAGGUGGUUUAAAAAUUUGCUCCGGAACAAAUGCUCGUUUGCGGGGGGAGUUGCCUCGCUACACAUGAGAAGAGUUGAUUACAUACGGCUAGAAUGCGUUACUUUCGUGCUCUGUUGUACUUCCGUCAUCUUUCCUUUUGUAAGAGACGGUUUGUGUAGUUUGUUCCUCUGUUGUGUGUUCACAACACCCCCAUAGAAUUUAUUUUGUAAUUUCCUCUCUUGAUUUCUGUUUGCUUUUCUGAGUGUCAUUGAAGUCAUCGUUGAUUUACAUUUUCGGGGGCGGUCAUUGAACACCUCUCGAAGGCACGGAGACCGAGAAGGAGAAGGACGUGCUUGAGUUGUGUAUGUUUUAAAAAGAACCAACACGACAUCGUUUUGCACCGCUGCAGAAACUGCCGUGUGAACGCAAGUGGGGCUGCACCGGGGUUAACACGCUUCUCUUUAGUCAGCGGCUUUGUACGUGUGAACGCGCCACAAAAUUUGCUCCGGUGUAAGAUAUAUCGCAAUAGAAUACAUCGGUGCAGCACCGAAGCAAAUUUGUGCCGUGUGAACACCCCUAUUGUAAUUAUGACGUUUCUACUGCGAGUUUGCAUCGGCUACUGAGAGAAAUAUGUGUGCUUUCUGAAGUACAAAUUGUGUCGUCGCAACGGAACUCGUAAUUCAAGGCUCCCAUGUAAAUUGCAACUUGAAAAAAAUGACAGAAACCAUUUUAUGUUAUGUGUUGUGUUUAUUAUUUUACUUUAUGUUAACUGUUUUGUUAAGCGCUUUGUUACAGCUGCCACUGUUGUGAAAGCGCUAUAUAAAUCAGCAUGUAUUGUAUUGUAUUGUAUUGUAUUGUAUUUGAUGUCUGGGUGGAUAGAUAAACAAAAAUUGAAUAUUUUAGACAGGGAAAGUUAAAAACUGUUGAGCAAGGGUGAAUCCGCUUAAAAUUGGGGGUGUAACUGUUCAGAAUUAACAAAACACACUCAAACUCAUGUUAAUGAGUAGCAGGUGUGUGUGUGUUUAUUCUCAUGUAACACAAGUUAAUGAAUUAAUGAAUCACAAAUUAAUGUGAUUUAUUAAUUUGAAAAACAGCCAAAUCUUCAGUUAUAGAACAGUCUGCACACACCUCUGCAAUACUGGCUCCGUUGUUUAUUUUUACUUCCCCUUUCUGAAAUGCUGACUUAUUAAUGGUGGAAAUUAUUUCUAUUCUCCUUCCACCGAGCAUUUAAACAGGGUUAUGUGUAUACUUUUUAGAUCCACUCUAAUGACAGCAAUAGUACUUUCAAACUAUUCAUUUUAGAACAGAAUCAAUUUUACUAGACGAUUGUACAAGCACACUUAUAUUUACAAGCUUGAGUGAUAUUACCACAAACACUAUUUGGGGUCUUCAGAAAUUGAAACAGAAUUGUUUCUGACAGGGUAUUAUUUGGGCAGCAUGGAGUAAAUACAGAAUUUUAUGAUCUCUGAAUUAAACGUGUUCUGUUCUUUUUAGUCAAAGAAUGAAAUGUGGGGCAAGACAUUUUGGGAAAUGGAUUCCUUUUCAGACUUGGGUGUUUGUCAGGUUUUAAUCAGACCCUGAAAACCAUCUUUAAAAAACAUCAGAGAGACAAAGAGGCAAGCAGAGUUGUCUUUCUUGCGAGGAGUGUGUGCUGAGACGUCUCAGUUCACAAUCUCGAAACAGCUCUGCAGCUAACCAGGAUGUGUAAACUCUUACCGUCCCUGGACAGCUCUAAAAAAACAUGCCUGUCUCCUUUCUUUUAUCCCGCCUGGAUUACUUAAAUGCACUUUACUUUGGAGUCAGCCAAUCCUCCAUGAAGCAUCUCCAGUUGGUCCAGAAUGCCGCUGCUCACCUCUUUACUGGUACUUGUCAGAGGGAGCACAUAACUCCUACUCUGGCAUCCCUUCACUGGCUCCCUUUACAUUUUUUGAAUUAUUUUUAAGAUUCUAUUAUUUUUUUUAAAUCUUUAAAUGGUCUCGCUCCACCUUACCUCUCUGAGCUCAUCCGCCCCUAUGGACCUGCCCAGUGCCACAUGAUUGCGGACCAGACAUCAUCAGAGGUACCAAGAACUAAACGGAGGCUCAGAGGGGAUAGAGCCUUUUCCGUUGCUGGUCCCUCUCUUUGGAAUGACCUCCUACUGAACAUUCGGCAAGUCCCCUCCCUCUCUGCCCAUCUUUAAAACUCGCCUCAAAACUCAUUUUUAUUCUUUGGCUUUUGACUCAUCAUGACUCACUUGAUUUUAGAUUUACCGGUACUCUUUUUGUGCUUUCUACUGUCUUUAUUAAUUUGGUUUAUUGUUUAUUAUUGCAUAAAUGACAUUUGCUCCAUGUACAGCACUUUGUAUACAGCAGUGUUUUAAAGUGCUCUCUAUAUACAGCUGAGUUGAGUUUAUGAAAGAUGUCCCUGACACACAAUCUUCUAAAGAGGUGUGGGGAGUGUUCAGAACAACAAUGAAUUCUCCAAGUGGGGCAUUCAAUCAUAACACCCAAUGCAUUCCUGAGGUGAUUAGAAGGUUCACGCAGGAGGUCGGUGCCCCGUGAUAGCAGAUGUUGACGUACCACAGAUGGGACGUCCUGGGGUUGAUGUUCACGAAAGGUUGUGAACACCAUUUGAGGGUGUUAACUUUAAGGCUGUGAACAGGAACCUACUGGUUUCUCCCAAACCAACAAACCACGCAUAGUAAACGUAUCUCAUCGUAAAUUGUUUUUGCAAGGUCACACUCCUGAACAAAUAUUUUGUGAUUUCAAUAAGAGUAAAUAUGGGAUCAUCUAUGUACCGCAUUUUCGGGCACACCAAAAAGUCUUCAAUUUUCUUAAAAAAGCUCACAGAGCACCUUAAAAUCCGGUGCGUCUUUUGUAUGGUCAUUACAGUAAUACGUCGACUCCAAGAUGGCUCAUUCCUGGAGACAUGCUUCCAAUGUUAUAACUUGCUGUUGGUUCAGUGAACUGUGUCGCUGCUUUAUUAAAUAAGUAUAUGUUGAAGCUCCGAAAAAAGGAGAGCUCUGGUGUUAAUUUUCUCAACAAAUACAGGUACGUCUUUGUCUAUGUCCGUGCUUUCUUCCGUUCGACUCGAGAGGCGUUAAAGACCGCCACCAAAAAACGUAUACUAACGAUUACUUGAAUGAAACUCCAAAAAUUGAAAAUAAUACAUCCAAACUGAAAAGCAAGUCAGGAUAUAACAAAAUAAAUACUCUCCCCCCUACAGAAUUUAUAUUGCGAUUUCAUCAUUUGUGAAUACACAACAAAGGAAUAAGUAAGUAACUACGACUGACAUCUUGUUGUGUUAUUUGGACUUCAAGAUGGCGCCGCGAGACUGGCUGCCUUUCCAGCAGCUCCUAUUUAUUUUGUUCUUCUACUUCUUCCUCUCAUACCUUUGCUGCUGUGAAAUGGGAAUUUCUCCAUUGUGAGACUAUUAAAGGUUUUCUUAUUUUAUCUUAUCUGAUUGUACUCUUGGAGCUACGAUAAAGGAAAUGCCAAUGAGUUUUUCGGAGGCGGUCAUGAACGCCUCUCAAGUUGACCGGAAGAAAAGAAGGGAAGGAGACGGACAAAGACACACCUGAGCUUGUUGAAAAAAUGAGAGCUGUGGUUGUGGAUUUAUUUUUCUAAACGUAGACUUUAUUAAUGGUUUUCACAGUCUCAGCAAGUCCAGGUACGUCUUUGUCUGUCUCUGUGCUUUCUUCUGUUCCACUCGAGAAGCGUUCAAGGCCGCCUACGAAAAACGUAAAUUAAUUCUUACUCUUAAGAAACCAUGAAUAAACUCUUAUGAAAUCCAGCGAGGAAAUCACAAAAUAAAUUCUGUAGGGGGAUAUAGAAUUUAUUUUGUGAUUUCCUCACUUGAUUUUCUGUUUUAAUGCAUUAUUUUCGAUUUUCGUAGUUUCAUUUAAGUACAGUAAUAGUUAAUUUACAUUUUUCAGAGGUGGUCAUUAACGGCUCUCAAGUUGAACGGAUGCCUCUCGAGUUGAAUGGAAGGAGUGUAGCACCAUCUAGUAGACGCAUUGUAGAUUCCGCCUUUUAGUGCGAGGCGUCUAAUGUAUGAAAAAAAUUACAAACUAGCCAUUCAUUGAAGGUGUGCCUCAUAAUCCAGUGUGUCUUUUUGUGUGGAAAAUACGGUACAUAUAUUCUAACUGGUAUCAAUUACCUCCAGCUUUCCUCUCGUUUCUUCCCAAGAUCUAACCAUGAAAUUGGUUAGCUGGUUGACAUUUUCUUGAUGAGGAGAACUGGAAGAAGGGAACCUUCCUAUCCCCAAGG